AUGACUGACAACAUCUCACGCAGUACAGACACCAAGACCAGAAAACGUCCUAGAGUGAUAUUGGCAUGUAACAGAUGUCGUCAACGAAAGACCAAAUGCGAUGGCAGACAACCUGCUUGUGGCACCUGUACCAAACGUAAUGCUGAAUGUGUUUAUGGUACGAAAUAUGAUCGAGCUCACGUGUCUGUGGAAUAUGUGAGAGAUUUGGAAGAAAGGUUAGGCAUAGCUCCCAGAAAAAACCAUAAUGCCGCGUCUCCUGGUAUCAACAACAUGAUUUCAUCCGACGAGGGUAACUCAAGGCAACACAUUCUCAAUGCACACCGACAACCACCACCGCCACAACCACGAGAAUUAUUUCCGGUUCAAAAUCAACAUCAUCAUCGAGGCUCAACUGGAAGUAAUGGAAGUAAGGGCCACAAGAAUACAGCAACUGCCAUAUCCCCUUCAAGUUCACUUAUAACCACCAAUUCUACCACCAGUGCUUUUAAAAGUUGCACAGACUCCACUAGUGCAAUGGGUGCAGGGGAAAUGGUCAAACAGAAACGUGGCAAAGAAAGGGAUUAUUACGGGUCUUCAGCAGCAAUAUCUUUCAUGAAAGAUUUAGCUAGCGUUAUUGAUGGUCCUACCAGAUCAAAUGGUUCAGCUACGGAUGAUGAGGAGAUCAGACAAUACAAGAUGUCUCGAUGUGAUCCAAUGUCAUCAAUGCCUGCUUCUGAAUUGGAUCUCCCGCCAAGAGACCUAGCUGACCUUUAUGUCAAGAAUUACUUUGAGUUUGCGUAUACUUUGUACCCAUUUCUCCACAAACCAACUUUUAUGGCCACCUAUCAAGCUAUGUGGAACGAUGAUGGAGAGGAGCAGGCUGUUGAUGAAUUGUUUUGUUCAAUCGUCAACAUUGUCUUUGCAUUUGGAUGCCAACUAGCACCGACAAGUCAAAAUUUGGAAGAUGAUUCUGAGCAUUAUUUUGAAAAAUCUCAAUCAUUUCUUCGAUUUAACUUGAUGGAUAGUGGUUCUGUAUUGUUGGUUCAAGCAUUAUUGCUAACGGGUCAGUUUUUGCAAGCUAGUUCUGGCCUGGCUGGUUGUUGGAAUAUCGUUGGCUUGGCAAUACGAAUUGCUCAAGGGUUAGGAUUACAUCUGGACCAGAUUUAUGCUUCUACAAAGAGUCACAUAGAUAGAGAGAUUAGGAAAAGAUUGUGGCAGGGCUGUUUGUUAAUGGACAAGAUAGUUUCAAUGACAAUGGGGAGACCAAUGAUGGUGACACACGAAUUUGAACAAGGAGAAUUUCCAUUGUGCGUGGAUGAUGAGUACAUCAAAGACGAUGCAAUCUUGUCGAUGAGCAAACCAUCUGAAUUGGAGUUUUUCCAUCAAACGAUCAAACUAUACAACAUUCUUGCUGAUAUUUUGAAAUCGGUUUAUCCCAAUGACCAACUUGAUGAGAACCCACAGUUGUUACUGAACAUUUUCAAGUUUGAAGAUAGAUUAAAUGAAUUUACAGCAAAUUUACCUAACCAUUUACAAUUCAGUUUUGAUUUACAAAAGAUGAUGCCAUUUGAGAGACAAAGUAUUGUGCUACAUAUCAGAGUUCUUCACCUUAAAAUAAUGCUUUAUCGUUCGAUGCUAUUCCCAAAAUCACCCAAUCAUAAAAUUUCUGACUAUGGAGGUUCUGAAUUGUACACUUCAACGCAAAGGUCAGUUGCUUUACUUUGCGUCAACUUAGCCAUGGAGCUCAUCAAUGUAAUUUCCAGAUAUCGCGCAGGUGAUAUUAUUUACUUGCCGGCACACUGGUACAAUGUGUUCUACAUAUAUACAGCCGGUACUAUUCUUCUUGCGGCUAAACUUCAAGUCACCUUACAUAAGGAUAUUGACUUAAUGGCAUUUGAACAAGCGUGGAACUCAUGUUUAGAAAUUCUCCGGUCAUACACUCAACAAUCUGCAUCAGCAAGUCGUUGCUUAAAAGUCUUGGAAAUGAUGGGGAAUAAGGUUCGUAUCUCGUCACAAAGAUUGGCCACACAAGUCAAUUCUCCAGUUGCGAUGAAUGAUGAGGGGACUGAGCAUGAUGGAGCAUCACACACAAGUUUAGUAUACCCCUUGCAUCAUCAACACAGUCCUAGCUCAACUUCACCAGAGGUUCCCACUGAUGUGUUGUACUCGUUGCUUUACGACACUGCUGGUCCAUUUGGUGGUCCCUUCCAUUACACUGAUGACAUGAACUCUUUUUACUUACGAUAG